AUGACAGCCGAGAGGCUCACACACCCUCUACUCUCCCCAACACUCCACACUGUCCUGCAGCACACACACACAUACACACACACACACACACACACUCCAGACCUCAAUCUCCUCUCUUGCACUAAACAUGCUCUGUUGGGAAUUGUGUUUAGCCCUAUUGAUCACCGGCUUCCAGUGUGGGCUCUGCCUUCAACAAACAUCAAGAUCACACAAGCACUGCCCCUGCAACUGUCAGACUCAAACCAGCCUGUGACAUGUCCGCUCUUCUGGACUGAAUUUGAGGGUUACUGUUACCGCUUCUUCUUCCCCUUGAACCGCACCUGGGCUGAGGCAGAUCUGUACUGCGCUGAGUUCUCAAACGGACACAAAUCUGCCAAACUCACCUCCAUCCACAGCUGGGAGGAAAAUGUGUUUGUCUAUGAUCUUGUGAACAGCCGUGUACCAGGAAUUCCAACAGAUAUUUGGAUUGGCCUUCAUGAUAGAAGACAGGAGGGCACUAUGGAGUGGACAGAUGGGUCACCCUAUGAAUACAGUUACUGGGAUGGAAAUCAACCAGAUGAUGGCAUCCAUCGCAUCCCUCAGGAGGAGGAUUGUGUGGAGAUCUGGUACAGACAAAACAGUGCACUGAGGUCUUGGAAUGACAACAGUUGUGAUAAGGCCUUUCCAUUCGUCUGUAAGAUUCCUACACUGGAAAACUAACCUCAGAGCUAAGAUUAUUUAUCCAGUUCUUUAUCGUCAACACUGACACCCAACAUCACUCAAUCACAGCGUAGCAACACAAUGUCUGCUCAUCUCCAUCCCUGCAGUGAUGAAGGGCUCUCUCCAGCCUGCUAUAGGCACUUCAUUUGCAUUUCUCUCCCUUUCACUCCAAUUCCCUGCCCCCAUCGUCCUCCUAUCACUGUUGUAUAUAUAUGUGUAUAUAUAUAUAUUUUUGCAGCAAUGCCAUAAAAGAAUCAUUUUUGCUUUCCCAAAGAACCUUUCAGUGACUAGUUCUUAAAAGAAGCAUUUGUUUCUGUGUCAAACAUUUUAAUAAUCUAAUGAGAAUCUUUUGAGGAAUAGAAAGCUUCCAUGAAUGUUACAUUUUCUUAAUGGAACUAUAGAAGCCAAUAAUGAACCUUUAUUUUUAGUGUAGACAGUGAGCUGCAGUAUAUGGCUAAACUGGACUAGACCAAAUGCUUAGUAUUUAUUUUUUUCAA